AUGGCUCCAUUUGCCACGUGGCGAGUUAAAGACAUGCAAAAGAAAUCCCAUGGUGUGCGUUGGAGUGUUUCAAACACUUACAUCUGUUUCUCCAUGCAUGCAAAGUUAAGAACAUUUUCCACUAUUUCAUGUAAUCAACAACAUACAGCAUUCAAGAACAACCACGACCAAAACAAAAACACAAGAAUGUCUUCGUCAAUGUCUACAUUAAUCUCAUCCUCUCUCUCACAAACCCUCAAAAUAAGAACCCUAGUUAUUCCUCUCUCUCCCCACACCCUUCUCACUUCCAAAACUCCACCAUCCUCAAUUUCCCUCACAAACAUGUUCAACCCACAACCCAAUGAAAUACCCCAACCGCAACGGGUCCCACCCGAGAUCCCUUCCCUGCCAAAGGUUCAACCUUCUCCUGUUCCCAGUGAGCAACCCGUCAUUCCUACCCGUGACCCGGAAACCGACCCGCAUGUACCACCCGAAAUAAUCACUGAUCCGGCUCCUGGCCACCCGAAUCCCAAACCGGAUGCCCCAAAACCGCCGCUGACCCCACCCGGGAUUGAGAUUCCACUGCCAAAGCCGCCUGAAAAGAUGCCAAAGCAACCACCGGAAGUGGACCCACCGCGGCCGCCGGAGAUUCCGCCGCCACCAAGUGCUCCGCCGGAUAUAACGCCACCCACUGGACCAAGAAUCUUUGGGUAG